CUAAAAUAUAGGCUUACUAUAGAAUUUUAUUAGAAUUUUAUAUAAUAAUCACCAGUAGAAUAUAUUUCUUAUUUUUCACUUAUAGAUUAGUUUCGCGCAUUUAAAUGGGUCAUACAAAAAUGAACUUUCCCAUUAAGUCAAUUAAUUAAAUGGCAAUAAAACCAUGAUUGAUUCUUUCUAGAGGGUUGUUGACUAAUUGGUGCGAUUAAAUUGGGGUCUCUGAGCUUAUGGCAUGAAACCUGAUUUACAUACGUAUAUAUUUUCAACGGCAGCGUGCGUUUAACCUAUAACAGCAAUAAUAACAACAACAAUCAUGAAAUAAUAACGGCGAUAAUGGUCAUAAUAAACCAUGGAUACGAUACCACCCCUUUUAAGAAAGCGUUUGCCCAACAAGUCCAAAGUUCACGUAAAGUUUGACAGAUAACCGAAGCCAAUAAAAGCGCCGGAGGUACUGUGUAAACACUCCGUCUACCUGCCACUCAGUCAAUACGCUUACUUUCCCAGCAUUUGCAUGCAGGACAAGCCAGCCCACUUAUUGCUGUUUUAUAUCGCCGGCCCUCCUUCAGGCAUCAUGGCAAAUUAAAUCAUUCUAGCCGACAGGAAAGCUCGCGACGACCUCCAAGCAGGUGCCCUUUGGAGACUCCCAAUUUCAGGCUCUGAGGCUGGAGACGAGGGAGUGAGGCAGAGAGAGAGAAAGGGAAAGGGGGGAAAGAGCAUCUCGUAUCUUUCUCUUUUUUAUAUAUUUUUUCUCCUCUGUUCUUUUUUGUCGGGUAACAUUGAGUUUUAAUGCUCUCCAAAAUGGUGUCGAAGUUGACACCUCUUCAGCAGGAGCUCCUAAGCGCCUUGCUGGACUCCGGAGUUACCAAAGAUCUUCUCAUCCAGGCUCUGGAUGACAUGGACCCAUCACCAGCCGGCUUCGGAGUUAAAAUGGAAAACUUACAGAUGUCCCCGCCGGGGUCGAAAAUGAAUGGGAGCGAUUCGGACUCCAAACCCGUGUUCCAUACACUGACCAACGGCCAUAGCAAAGGGAGCAAGCUUUCGGGCGACGAGGGCUCUGAGGACGGGGACGAUUUCGAUACGCCCCCGAUCCUGAAGGAGCUCCAGGCCCUUAACACGCAGGAGGCGGUGGAGCAAAAGGCUGAAGUGGAAAGAAUGUUAUCCGAGGACCCGUGGCGCGCCGCGCGUAUGAUCAAAGGCUACAUGCAGCAGCACAACAUCCCUCAGCGCGAGGUUGUCGACGUCACCGGCCUCAACCAAUCGCACCUCUCGCAGCACCUGAACAAGGGCACGCCUAUGAAGACGCAGAAGCGAGCGGCGCUCUACACCUGGUACGUCAGGAAGCAGCGGGAGAUCCUCCGACAGUUCAACCAGGCAGUGCAAGGUUCUGGCAGCGAUAUGACAGGCAAGGGCAGUCAGGAUCAGGUCCUGUUUUUUUUCUCAGAGUUCAGUCAGUCCGGGCAGGGCCUGGGGCAGCCCGGGGACGAGGCGGCGGGCGUCGAGCCCGCCUGCAAGAAAAUGCGGCGCAACCGUUUCAAGUGGGGGCCGGCGUCCCAGCAAAUCCUCUACCAGGCCUACGAGCGGCAGAAGAACCCCAGCAAGGAGGAGAGGGAGGCGCUGGUGGAGGAGUGUAACAGGGCAGAGUGCCUGCAGAGGGGUGUGUCUCCCUCCAAAGCCCAUGGUCUGGGCUCCAACUUGGUCACGGAGGUGCGUGUCUACAACUGGUUCGCCAACCGUCGCAAGGAGGAGGCAUUCCGGCAGAAGCUGGCCCUGGAUGCCUACAGCGGCACCCCCCACAGCCUGAACUCCCUCCUGUCCCACAGCUCCCCCCACCAGCAGUCCAGUGCCUCCCCACCAGACAAGAUGCAAGGGGUCCGGUACAGCCAGCAGGGAGCCAGUGAGGUCACUUCCUCCACGACCAUCAGUCACCAUGGCAACAAUGCCAUGGCUACCAGCCAGUCCGUGUUACAGCAGGUGUCGCCGGGAGGACUGGACCCCGGCCAUGGCCUGCUGUCACCUGAUGCCAAGAUGAUCCCCGUGUCAGGCGGAAGCCUUCCCCCUGUCAGCACGCUGACCAACAUCCACAGCUCCCACCACCCCCACCAGCAGGCCCAGAACCUGAUCAUGCCGCUCUCCGGGGUCAUGGCCAUCGCACAGAGUCUUAACACCUCGCAGGCGCAGACGGUGCCCGUCAUCAACAGUGUGACGGGCAGCCUGACAGCCCUGCAGCCAGUGCAGUUCCCGCAGCAGCUGCACAGCCCGCACCAGCAGGGUCUCAUGCAGCAGGCGCCCAGUCACAUGACCCAGCAGCCCUUCAUGGCUGCUGUCACGCACUCACACAUGUACCCCCACAAACAGGAACCCCCCCAGUACUCCCAUCCCUCACGCUUCCCCUCCGCCAUGGUGGUGACGGACGCCAACAGCAUCGCUUCCCUCGGCUCCAUGUCUUCCAGCAAGCAGGAAACAGCUGUAAACAAGAUGGUGCCACUGGGGGGUCUCUCCUGGUGCCCUCUGCAAGCUUGGUGACCGCACAUACCUGACUUCCUCGGCGCCUGGCAACAGAAAUGCGCCCCUCCUCAACCCCCCCCCUCGCCACAGUGACCAUGCCAGCUUCUUAUGACCGGCUUUCUGGACAUUGGGGAGCGGUGGUCUGGAGCUAAAGACCAUUAAGGGCCUAGCAGGCGUCGCCACAUGGGAUGAAGAACAAGACGGCUGAACGAGCCAAAGGAAUGAGGCACAGCAGGGCUUCCUGCGGAGCGCGGGCCCAGGAUGCAGCCGCUGCUCUCAGAGGCCUUUCCAGAGGAAAACAGUAUUUUUAUUUUCUAUCCUGCAAACAGAAGAAUGAGAAUGACCCUUCUUAUGCUAUCUGUGUUAGAGAUAUUUAGAACAAGGUGAAUAGUCAGAUUUGGCAGGAGAACGUGUGUGGGUGUGUGUGUGUCCAUCCCAAGGCGUGCGGGGCGGACAGGCAGGGGGACACACCCCAGAUUGGCGGCGGGGCUCCCAUCCAAGCUGCCUGUCUCAGAGCCAUUGCCAUCAGUGAGACUCCAGGAGGAGGGAACCUUGUGAGCGUAUGACAAUCAGUAACCUGCCCCCAUCACCGUGGGUCACAUGACUGGAGGAUGACCUCAGCACCUUUCCCUUUCCUGUUCAGUUGUACCGAGUCUUCCAUGUGACUUUUUAUAUGUGUCCAUACCUUUGAAAGCGACCUUGGCAGGAAAUGCCCACCGGCCCCAAAUCUGGAUGUUUCCGGCACUUUGUGUGAUGGAAAAAGAUCCAUCUGAAGAGCGUGUGUGACCAGCCAGUGAAGGUGUCGUCUUGGUGUGACAGAUCUGAACCUGAAUGUCACUCGUCACGCUAAGAUGUCCCUCCCCCCUUCAUCCCUUUAGGGUUUUUUAUCAGUUUAAGUUUUUUUCUGCUAUGUAAAGAGUUGAAAAUUCAUAAGUGAAGGUGAAGAGGUGAUACUUGGCAGAUGAACGCAUCAGCUGUUCACUAAAGAGACCCGGCUGAGAUCGGAGAGCGCGGCCCCACACCAGCGUCCUCAAAGCCGAUCCUGCGAUUAGGGGGUGCAGCCCACAGCCAGGGGCGGCGGCGGCCGGAUCAAACCCGCACCUCGGGGCCGCGAGCAGCCCGCGGGCCGUUUUGUAGAUGGCCCUUUUAAUUUCCUCCUGCGCAAGUCGUCGUCUCGCUCCGUAGCAACAAAAACAUUCGGCUAUUUCCAAGCAAAACAGUAAUUAUCAGGACGUAAUAUGCUGGGGGGGGCGAGAGAUGAAAGGGCAGCGAUGGGUCCCGAUGAGUCUGAGAAAUGCCCCCCCCCCCCC